GCUAUAAUUUUCUCGGUUUUUCACUUAUCAAAACGGAUUUUUUGUACGAAUAAAUAAAUUAGAAAUUUUCGAUUCAACUGAUGGAAUAAAAUUUUAUUUGCUUCGGAUUAGUGUUUGAAAAUUGUACAUUUUAUUAUAACAAAAAAAAAAAAUUGAAGAAAAACGAACCGAAAAAAAAAACUUUCGUCAUUUUCCUUUUUUUUUUCUCCCAUUCUCAUUGACUGGUGAUUACUAUACAGUGGAUAGAAAGAAAAUGUCGUGAAAAUUGGUCACAGUGUACGAAGACAAUAUUUUGAAACAUAUUGAUAAAAAUGUAUGUUCAACUUUAGUGAAUAGGAGUGUCAAUGUGAUGACAGGAAAAUAGGAACAAAUUGAUAAGUUGUAUUGUGCACACGAUAUUUUGAUUGUAAUAUCGCCCAUGGACAAUGAAUUAUCGUUGAGGAGAAUAAAAUAAGGAAAAUUUUGACAUUGAUACUCGAAAAGAUUUUUCGCUUAGAAAUUAUCCUUCCACUUUUUGUAUAUGGGAGUUUGUCUUACCGACUUUACGUAUCGUUCCAUAAAAUAAGGAAGGAAGGAAGACGAAGGAAGAAAAAAAACAUGAAAUCCGUUUAAUCAAGUGUGGAAUACAACAACAUACUGGUGCUGCAAAAUUAAAAUAAUGAAAACGUUUUUCUGCUGCAAUAUAUAUUCGCAAUAUCUUAAUUAAUUCGAUCAUUGUGUCAGUGACUGCACAAUAACGUCAAUGUGUGUAAUUAGCUAAGAGUAAUGGAAAAUUCGAUUCAUUAACUAUGAUCAAUAAACUGAUGCUAAGGGACGAAGCUUAUUUAUAGUUCAAACAAAAAACAACAAAAAAAAAACUCGGUUCGAACGUAAAUUCAUGUUUGUAUUUGUCGGUGGUUCGAAAGUGGUGUUAGAGUCGACGAUAACAGAAGUUGGUCGAGCUGUACACGAAAUAUUCGCGGAAUUUAAAAAUUAUUUUACAAAAUAUCGGGAACAGAGGAAGAUUGGAGGCCUACGAGGCCCAUGGUUCAACGAGCGACAUCAGAAGCCCCGACCGUAGCGGGAGGGCAUCGAGAACGCAUGGGACUUGGCCUUGGAUACACUGCUUAUCAGAGCGGAUACAAUAAACUUUUUACACAGGGUUCUGCGGAAUCGAACUAUUCGCAACCAUCAUCCGAUCUGUCGCUAGACGAGGAAAAAGAAUCGCUUCGGCGAGAAAAGGAACGACAAGCGCUGACAACGCUGGACAAAGCUAGGAAUAAACCGGUGGCAUUUGCUGUUAGAACGAAUGUCUCAUACGAUGGAAAUAUUGACGAUGAUUCGCCCGUUCAUGGUAGUGCGGUUUCAUUUGAUGUUAGAGAUUUUCUUCAUAUUAAGGAGAAAUAUGACAAUAAUUGGUGGAUCGGUCGACUGGUCAAAGAAGGCUGUGAUGUGGGUUUUAUACCCAGCCCCGUUAAGCUAGAACACAUACGAAUGCAGGCUUCGGCGGCAAGAUCUUCAAGACUGUAUGCAACAAAAGGUUCGUCUAGUGGUAAUUUAGGGGGCGCCGGAGCACCAGGUGCAGAACCCUCACGAGGUAGCACACCCCCUACACCUGGCGAUGAAUCCGAUACAAUGGUACCAUCAAGACACGGCAAAGCACCGUUAGCCACACCACCAACAAAAGAGAAACGUAAACCAUUUUUCAAAAAACAAGAAACAUCAUCACCGUACGACGUUGUGCCAUCAAUGCGACCAGUCGUUUUAGUGGGUCCAAGCCUUAAAGGAUACGAAGUCACCGAUAUGAUGCAAAAAGCUUUGUUUGACUUUCUCAAGCACCGAUUCGAAGGUAGAAUUAUCAUCACACGUGUAAUGGCGGAUAUUUCAUUAGCGAAGCGAUCUCUUAUGAAUAAUCCAUCGAAACGUGCCAUUAUGGAACGAUCAAAUAGUCGAUCAUCGUGUUUAGCUGAAGUGCAAGCUGAGAUAGAACGAAUAUUCGAAUUAGCCAGAACACUUCAAUUAGUUGUACUGGAUUGUGAUACCAUAAAUCAUCCGUCACAAUUAGCGAAAACUUCAUUAGCGCCAACAAUAGUUUAUUUAAAAAUAAGUAGUAGUAAGGUUUUACAGCGAUUAAUCAAAUCACGCGGAAAAGCUCAGGCAAAAAAUUUGUCAGUACAAAUGGUUGCGGCCGAAAAAUUGGCGCAAUGUCCGCCGGAAAUGUUCGAUGUGAUAUUAGAUGAAAAUCAAUUAGAGGAUGCUUGCGAACACAUAGCUGAAUAUCUGGAGGCGUACUGGAGGGCAACACAUCCACCGGAACGAGCACCAUCUUCAAUAGCUCGUGCACUGCCGUUACAGGAAGCGUCUCCAGCAGGCGAUGCAGAACGAAUGGGACCAACACCACCAGUGAGUCCAGGGGUAGUGCGUGGUGCUGCUGGGGCAAUUGCCGUACAAAUGUCUUUGUCGCUUAUUUCUUGAAUACUUUUCUUUCCGAAUAAAUUUCAAUUCUGCAAUAAACUUUCUUUUUGGUUUCUCUUCUAUUCCUACAGUCUGUGGCUGUGAGAAAAGUGUCGUAAUUCGGGUCAGAUGUUUCUCAGCUGAUCCACUCAUACAAACAAGUCUUCAAACGGUUUUUUUUUUGCCGUGCGAGUAACCAUGUCACCCGUAUGAAGAAGCCAUUUCGAUGAAUGGACCAGCUGAAACGAAAUCCGUCACUUUUUUCAAAGUUCCCGACUGUAUUUUUAAUGAAAUGAGUUUAUUGCAAAAGGAAACAAUUUAGUUAUCCGAAUAAAAACAGAGAAAAAAUCUAUAAAAACAAUCGGUGUGUGGUGAUCGAAGGUAACAGUAUGUUGCAAUUGCAUGCCAUUUUGUUUCAGAUUGCGACACAAUCACUAAUCCGACGAACUUACUAAUACUUUUAAAUUUAUGAUCCAAUAUUCCUCUAGAAAUAAUUUUAGCUUAACGUUCCGGAACCAUUUGGCGUUUCUUCUUCCAUCUAAACCCACCUCUACGAAGAGAACGCAGUACCGAUUUUCGAGAAAAAAUUUCUCACAUUUCCAGUAGUUUUCACGCGCGUAUGCAAAAUUGUGUUUUCUUCCCGGUAUCCGAGUCGAAAUUUUCGAAAUUUCCCGUUAUCCAAAUACAUAAAAUUGACUUCCCUCACAUACAUUUCCCGCUGGUUUGUUCAGCUAUCAUUCGAUUUCCCGGUAUCCAUUUUUUUCCCUAAAAAUUUUCCGGUAUCCUGGAUACCGCGGAUACACAUAAUUUGCACCAGCGUUUUCACGGUCUAUGUAAAUUAGCUCCUAGGAAAAAGUCGCUGUGUUAGCCACCCCAACAGUCUAAAGUUCCGAAAGUACAUUCACUUUAAUUAUAAAGUACCAUCGUACGUGUAUCGUUACAGUGGUUCCAUCAUCUGGUUUGGAUUCCUUGUCAGUUAAUUCACCAAGGAAUUGUUGCAUUGGUAAACGUCCUAAACUUACUCAAGCUUCAUAAUUUAUGUAGCUGCAGUGUGUUUGGUGACUACAAUAGUGCAACGAUGCAAUGAAUGUCUCGUGUGACGUAGCCCAAACAUGAUGAAUUUGUGUGUAGAUUUCUAGCCUACAUUUAGGCGAGAUAUCAAUUAAGCGCCUAACUUUCUUCAGAUAGUGGUCCAAACUGAACUAGUUAUUGGCCGCAAAAGGCGUCUAUGCAAACACACCAUAUAUGAAAUGAUAGUUGUUCAAAGUUUGUAUUUUGACGAAAUUCAAUCCAAUCCUUAGUCCUUACGAGCGGUUUCUAUUUCAAAAUAGUUCAACAGAAUCUGCUGGCAAUUGAUUGAGUUUUAGUCAUAUGGAUGGUGGUUGCGGUUGUAAUUUUACAAUACGCACUGACUCUUCUCCAAUUGCGGUCAUUCCAAGAAGCUAACCUUUUGUUUGGUUAUUUUUUGUGGUUUUUUAUUUUGCGUUUGGGUUCGUUUGAUUUGCAAAGUAGAUUUUGAGCUAACCAGACAUUAUACACCCCCAACAAACAAAGCAAAUAAAUUUCUGCACGAAAAAAAAACUAAAAAAAAAAUUAU